UAGACUCUAAGCUUGAUAAUCAAAAACAAAUAGCUGCUACAUUGAUAGCGGUUGAAGAGACGAUCAGGGAUCAAAAUUCUCCUUUAAUACCUACAGCUUAUUUCGCUGUUUUAUUAACAACACUUGAAGAGCAUUGUAAUAAUUCCAAAGAUCCCGGAAAUGAAAUACAUGGAGCAAUUCUUUACCUUUUGAAUAUCACACUACCUAGUAUAUCUCCUACAAUAUUACUUGGCAAAUUUUCUCAAAUUAUGCCAAUAUUAUUACAAGAAUUAGAUUCCAGCAAAGAUGAUUCGGCAAUUGUUCGAUCUAUCACGGGCUGUAUGGAAAGUUUUCUAGUUACUCAAGAUCGCAAUACAUGGAAUCAAUUAUUAGCAAAAAGAUCUUUCCAAGCAUUAUUAUUCCUUUCUAUAGAUCAAAGACCUAAACCAAGAAAAAGAGCUCAAGAUGCUGUGCGGAAAAUUCUGAAUUGCCCACCUCCUCCAAUGGUUAAACAUCCUAUGAUUGGUCUAACCACCGAAUUCUGUCAAAGAAUUCUUAAUGAAUAUUCAAAAACUGAUCGUCAAUCGAUACAUCAUAUUUUAGCUCUUUUAAAAUCAAUUACUGGGAAAUGGCCUGUUCAAAAUCUUAGUCAAUUAUGUGAAUUAUUACUAAAUUUACAGAAACUUAAUGAUGCACUUAUCACUAUCGCUACAUAUCAAGUAUUUGAUGGAUUAUUUCAAUAUCACAGAAAUGGAUUUGAAAAGUUUGGACUUGAAGAAUUAUUAAAAUCUCAUGCCGAACUUAUGCCAAAUAUACAAGAUGCACAAUUAUUACCGCAUUGGCUCACUAUAGUUGGCAAAGGCUUUACGACAUAUUCUGAGAUUGAUUCAGACAGAUGUGCUGGAAUUUUACGUAAUUUUUUUAAAGCCAUAUUUCCUGUCCUGGAAGUUAACAAUUCUGAUAUUCGAGUUGCUGCCACGAAUUGUCUUGUCGAACUUAUCACACAUGGCAUUACUGAUGAUAUUGUUCAGGAAACGUUUCGUGAAGGACAAUUAGAUUCAGAGAAAAAACAAUUAUUGGAUGAAAUAAUUUUAAUAGUUAAAAAUGGGUUCAACUUUCGUUAUCAGACUGCAUGGCCUUGUAUAUUAAAAAUUUUGGAAUCAUUAUUUCAACGAUUACAAAGAUCUUCACAAAAACUCUUGGGUAAUUUUCUUAACAUUGUAGAAGAAUUAAGAAUGAAUUCAGAUCCCGAAUUAAAGGAUGCGGCUGAUAAAACCUUAGGUGCCGCAAUCGCGAAUAUGGGACCUCAGACAUUCCUGAACAUUUUACCAUUGAAUUUAGAAAACCCUGAUAAUAAUAAAAAUAAUGGUCGUGCAUGGCUUUUACCGUUACUUAAAGAUCAUAUUAUAAAUACUGAACUUGGUUAUUUUAUUCGAGAACUUGUUCCUUUGAGUGAGAGACUUGCUCAAAAAUCCUUACAAUUUCAGAAUCAAGGUCGGAUGAUAGAAGCAAAAGUUUACGAGACAUUAGUUCAACAAUUAUGGGCACUUUUACCCGGAUUUUGUGAUCUUCCUUUGGAUUUACCUCAAGCUUUCACAAGUGUUACAGCUGAAUUGUUUAGUAAUAUGAUUUAUCAAAAACCUGAACUUCGACCGACUAUUGCUCUUGCAAUUGAAAACUUGAUCAAGAAAAAUCGUGCUAUUAUGGAAUCAAAUGAAGAUAAUAGUAUAUUAAUGAAAAAAUAUGAUUUAGAUAAAACAUUAGCUGAAAAAAACCUUCAACUCUUGACUAAAUAUGCCAAAAAUUAUUUGGCAGUGUUCUUCAAUGUGUUUAGUCAAACACCUACAGCAUAUCGAGCAUAUAUAUUGAAUGUUAUUAAAGUUUACCUGACUAUUACACCACCUAAAGAUAUUUCUAUAACAUUUAGUAAAGUUUUGAAUUUAUUGAAGCAAUCUCUUUCAAACAAUACUCCACAACAAAGCAAUGAACAAUCCAUAUCCGCAAUUCCUCCAAUGUCUUAUACCAUGUUGGAUUUAUCAAUUAUAAUGAUACCAUAUUUGGAAAUUGAUUCUGUUAAGCAAUUAUACGAAGUUAUCACUGCAUUAUUUUGCAAUGAAGACUCAACGUUACAAAAAAAAGCAUACAAAGUAUUAAAUAUAAUUGUAGAGAAUGAAAAUAGCAAAUUGGUGAUAUUACAGAAUAUUGACGAUUUACAAAAUAAAUUGAUGAACGAAGGCGGUAUAAUAAUUAUGAGCAAAGUUGCAGAAACAGAUCCAACAGCACAAGAUGUAGAUGCUAAUAUUAAUGAAUUUGUAUUCAAGAUGGUUGUUGCUGGACUAGCUGCAACUACCCCUCACAUGAUUAGUGCUACGAUUGCGUCGUUAACGAGAUUAAUUUUUGAAUUCAAAUUUGAUCUUGAUCAAUCAAAUCUCCAUCAAUUACUUGAUACUAUGGAUAACUUUGUAAAAUGUACAAAUCGUGAAAUUGUUAAAUCAGCAUUGGGAUUUGUCAAAGUUGUAACUACAUCACUUGACGUUGACUUUUUAGUUUCACAUUUAUCACAAAUUAUAUUAGGAAUUCUUACAUGGUCUACAGAGCAUAGAAGUUUCAAAUUUAAAGUUAGACACAUUUUUGAGCGAUUAAUACACCGGUUUGGAUUUGACACGAUAGAAAAACAUGUACCUGAAAAUGAUCGAAAAUUAUUGUCAAAUAUUCGCAAAAGAAAAAAUCGAGCCAAACGUAGAAAGAAUAUGGAUUUGGAUAAUGAUGAUGAAAAACAAGAUAUAGAAGUAUCAGUUAGCAAGCAAAAAAAGAAAAGUUCUAUGUCUAAUGACGCGUAUGAAGAUGUAUUAUAUGGAAGUGAGAGUGAUUUUGAAGAUUCUGAACAAGAAGAAGAAGUUUCAACCAAAUUAAGAUCUUCGAAUAUGCGCAGUAAAAAGGCACCUGUAUCGUGGAUAAAGGAAGAUAAUGAUUCACCAGUGGAUUUUUUGGAUAAAAGUUGUAUUUCAAAGAUCAUUGGAUCAAACCCUAUUAAUCGAAAAACAACAAAACGUGAUACGUCAUUAUUUAAUGAAUUCAAUAAAACAAAUGAUGGUCGCAUGAUAAUCAAUGAAUCUGAUGAGGAAUCUCAAGGUUCUGAUAUUGAGAUGAACGAAUCAGACAAUUAUUAUUUAGAGGCACAACGAUCUAGUGUUGGUUUUACACGCGGUCAAGGAAGUAAAGUUAAAUUCCACAAGGGGCAGAGAGACAGUGAUAAUGAUAUGGAAUUGGAUGAUUUCGAACCCAUUGACAUUGUUGCAAAAAGAAACAAAAAAAAUCGAUCCAAACGAAAUAUUAUCACAGUUGGCAAGGAAUAUAAAGCGAAAAAUGCAGAAGGUGAUGUGAAACGAAAAGGAAAGCCAGAUCCUUAUGCUUACGUUCCACUUACAUCAGAAAGGUGA